AUGUCGAACAACAUUAAACUCGUCGUCGUAGGCGAUGGCGCUGUUGGCAAGACCUGCCUCUUAGUUGUCUAUGCCAGGAACGAAUUCCCAUCCGAGUACGUUCCAACUGUAUUCGACAAUUAUACAGCCAAAGUUAAGAUCGAUGAUACUUUGUAUCCGGUUCAGCUUUGGGAUACAGCCGGACAAGAAGAAUUAGAAAAUAUUCGUACACUUUCAUAUCAAAACACAUCUGUCUUCUUACUUUGUUUUUCAGUUACAACACCAACAACAUUUGACAAUCUUACAACGGUUUGGAUCCCAGAGAUUAAACGUUAUGUUAAAAAUCCAGAAAUCCUUCUCAUUGGUACAAAGGCAGAUCUCAGAAAUGAUGAACAGACACUCAAAAAUCUUGAGGCCGACGGUAAAGCACCGAUUACCCUUGAGCAGGCUCAACAGAAGGCCAAAGAAAUUGGUGCUAUAGCUUAUUGUGAGUGUUCAGCUUUGAAGAACGAAGGUGUAAGAGAAGCCUUCGAUAAAGCUAUUAAUCAUAUCAUUGAAAAAGACAACGGCGGAUGUUGCCACCUUAUUUGA